AUGCCUUAUAGAGAUCCAAAGACCGCUUUAGAAUAUGCAAAUACUCUUGAAAAAGAUGGUCUGUCAGCUGCUCAAUUGAUGGAUUCUAAUUCUCGUGGUGGCUUGACGUAUAAUGAUUUUUUGGUAUUGCCUGGGAAAAUUGAUUUCCCAUCUUCUGAGGUGACACUAACUUCGAAGUUGACAAAGAAUAUUACUUUAAAUGCUCCAUUUGUUUCUUCCCCUAUGGAUACUGUUACAGAAGCAGAUAUGGCUAUUUACAUGGCUUUGCUGGGCGGUAUUGGUAUUAUUCACCACAAUUGUUCUGCAGAUGAACAAGCGAAGAUGGUUAGAAAGGUUAAGAAAUUCGAAAAUGGCUUUAUUAACUCUCCGGUUGUGGUUUCUCCCGAAAUGACUGUUGAGCAGCUAAAAGCUAUGAGACUCCGGUAUGGAUUUUCUGGGUUUCCAGUUACAGAAAACGGUAAAGUUAACGGCAAGCUUUGCGGUAUUAUUACUUCUCGUGAUAUUCAAUUUGUUGAGGAUAACGCACUAUUAGUCUCUGACCUCAUGACUACUAAGGUUAUCACUGGCCAGAAGGGCAUUAGUUUGGAAGAAGGUAACCAAAUUUUGAAAAACACCAAGAAGGGUAAGUUGCCAAUCAUUGACGAACAAGGUAAUUUGAUAUCAAUGUUAUCUAGAACAGAUUUGAUGAAGAAUCAGUCUUAUCCACUUGCUUCCAAAUCUGCCACUACUAAGCAGUUGUUAUGUGGUGCAGCUAUCGGUACUAUUGAAGCUGAUAGACUAAGAUUGAAUAAGUUGGUUGAGGCUGGUCUAGAUGUUGUUGUGUUGGAUUCUUCUCAAGGUAAUUCCAUUUUUCAAUUAGACAUGAUUAAGUGGAUUAAAGAAACUCAUCCUAGUUUGGAUGUUAUCGCUGGCAAUGUAGUGACUCGAGAACAAGCCGCUAGUUUGAUUCAAGCUGGUGCAGAUGGAUUAAGGAUUGGUAUGGGUUCUGGCUCCAUUUGUAUCACGCAAGAGGUGAUGGCUUGUGGUAGACCGCAGGGUACUGCUGUUUACAACGUUACAAAGUUCGCAAAUCAAUUUGGUGUCCCAUGUAUCGCUGAUGGUGGUGUCCAGAAUGUAGGUCAUAUAACUAAAGCCAUUGCAUUGGGUGCCUCUACAGUAAUGAUGGGCGGUAUGUUGGCCGGUACUACUGAAUCUCCUGGAGAAUACUUCUACAGAGAUGGGGAAAGAUUGAAAACUUACAGAGGUAUGGGGUCCAUUGAGGCAAUGCAAAAGACCGAUGUUAAGGGUAAUGCUGCUACCUCUCGUUAUUUUUCUGAAUCUGACAAAGUUUUGGUUGCUCAAGGUGUUGCUGGGUCUGUGGUUGACAAAGGCUCGAUUAAGAAAUAUAUUCCAUACUUAUUUAAUGGUUUACAGCACUCUUGUCAGGACAUUGGUGUGAAAUCCUUAAUGGAGCUGAGAGAAAAGGUCGAUUCCGCUGAUGUAAGGUUUGAGUUUAGAACUCCUUCAGCUCAAUUAGAAGGUGGAGUUCACAACUUAUUUUCCUAUGAGAAGCGACUAUACAAUUGA